AUGCCGACUCAAUACGGCAAUUUUCACGACUUUUGUCGCGACACAGGUAGCUUGCGAUCCACCCUGCCAGUGUGUAAUCUCUUCUCCGAGUCCCAAUCAAGAGGAGGUAAUGGCUUUGGCGGAUGCGACCUGGUCGGUUUCUCGGUUGGAGGAAGCAGACGUCUCGCCAACCUGGGUUCUAUAAUCAUUGAUGGUAUCGCUAUUGCCCUCUCGUUGUUCCUCAUUUGGAGAUCGAAUAGAAAGCGCGCUGCUGUUGGAAGAAGGGAGAUGCAACUUUUCCUCCUCGGCUUCAUCAUCAUCUCGUUCUGCGAAAUCUUCACCAUUGGCGGCUUCACCCUCGACGGCGCUGUGCGAAGGGGUUUCUCUGCUGUACACAUCGCCGCAAUCGUCGCAACUACCUGGAUUCUUCUCAUGAACGGUGCCGUCGGCUAUCAAUUCUUGGAUGAUGGAACUUUUGCUUCUCUGGCUUUGAUCUUUGGUUCGGCGGUUAUUCUGUUUGUCGGCACUGGCUAUAUCGCUCUCGAUACUGGUUUCAGCUGGACUGGAUACUGGGACGACACGCUCAUUGCACCCAACCGCUCUUACUCGCUCUACACGUUGUACCAAUUGGUUCCGCUGGUCUUCCUCUCCAUCUUCUUCAUUCUCGAGGCUGUCAUUGUUGUCAGAGUCCUCGGCGAGAUUAGACCCAUGUUCUACCUCGUCGCAGCCAUGCUCCUCUUCGCUAUUGGCCAAAUCUUCCAAUACGUUAUCAGCGUACAUCUUUGCAACGCGACCAACGGAGCUAUCAACGGUGGUCUCUUCGAAUCACUCUUUACACUCCUCGCGGUCGUUAUGAUCUGGGUCUUCUGGUCCAGCAUCACCGAGGAUGACUGGCCUCUUCCUUCGACUGAGACCACCUACACUUAA